AUGGGUAUUAUUGCAACAUUUCUUGUGUUGCGUACCAUUUUCAACUUUAUGCGUAUUGAAAGACAAACUGCCCCACCAAAUAGUAUAUACAAUUCAAAUAAUUUAUUAAGAUUGAGAGCAUUGCAUGUAUUGUUCUGGUCAGGAAGAGAGAUUUCGAUUAUGGGAUCACAAUUUGAUAACGAAACGUCCAUUUUAAUGCCCUUGGAGAAUAUUGACUUGAAAAAUGAAUUUAACUUAGAUGUUAUAUUUGAGCAAAAUCUCAGUGUAUGUAGAUAUUCUAGUUCCAGUGAAGUUGCUUCGAUAGCACCUUUAAAUGUGACAGAUGAUGUUGAACUAAAAGUACCGCAAGAAAGCCCCAAAUCAUACUUUUCUCGAAGUAUUUUCAGUACUCAUCAGAAAAAGAUGGAUACUCCUGAUUCAGGCAUAUCGCAGAACCCAAUUGUCCCAGAUCAUGAAAUGGAUGUGAAACAUGCUGCCUUUGGACUGUUUGGUCAAAAGCUACAAUCUCUAAGGAAAAGAGAGAAGUCGUAA